UCUUCCAUGGGUUUCUCUCUCUACCUUUAUUUCAAGAUUGGGGCAUCAAAACAGCGACAGUACAUAGCAGUUAGCUAAGAAAAAAGUAGUAGCCUUUGAACCGGAGCUACCCCAAAUUCAAUAUAAAGGUGUUUCAUUUGUUCAAAAAGCUUCUUGUAAAGAAAAUUUGGCAGAAGUUCAGAAUAGCGAAAGUUUUCAGAGAAGAAUCUGAUGUAUUAUCUGAGUUUUUGUUUUUCCUUUGAUAUCGAAGGUUUUGGCUUGUGGGUCUCACUAGAACUUGUUUAAUCAUUACAAACCUGCAGUUGCUUUCUUCUGCUGAAGAAUGGAUAUGGGUGAUCGCCGGAAAUUUGAGACAACGAAGGAGAAAGAAGAUGUCAUGAGCUCUCAUCCGCAACCGCAACAGACCAAUAUUUCAUCUGGGUGGCAAAAUCCGACGAAUAGAUCAAUGGGUCCGGUCUCUCUACAACGAAUGGAUCUGAUGGAUUCAUUUUCCCCUACAAUUUUAAACCAUGACUCAAACUCGUUUGGAAUUAGACCAGUUCAUCUGCCUAAUCUUGAUCAUGACAUUUCUUUUAUUCCUCCCAAUCAAAUGUUGAGAAGUGGAACGUUUCUAUCAACUGUUCCCAUAAUGGUUCCUCAAAGCUUAUCCCAGUUUCCUUCUGACUCUGGCUUCAUUGAACGUGCUGCUAGGUUCUCUUGCUUCAAUGGAAGUCAAUUUGGGACAAUGGGACCGAACCCUUUUGGGAUUCUUCCUGAACCCAUUCAUCUUUCACAACAAGAAGCAUUUCCUGGCAGUGGGUUUCAUUCUGGUGGGUUAUUAAAGGACGUUGCUAAGAAGAACGCUGGUGGUGAUGAUAAAGAUGAAUUGGGAUUUAGUGGCGGGGGAGAGGAGGAGCCCCCACAGCCUUUGUUGUCUAUGUGUGAUGGAAUUGGUGAAGAACCUUCUUCUACAAUUUUAAAUAUCAAAGGGAUUGGUUCAAAAAAGAGGAAAAGAAUUGGUCAACAGGAAAUUGGUAAUGAGAUUGAAAUUGACAACAAAAUUCAAGAUUCUGAUAUGCCCAAGGAAGAAUACAUACACAUGAGAGCAAGAAGAGGCCAAGCCACGAAUAGCCACAGUCUUGCCGAGAGAGUGAGACGGGAAAAGAUAAGCGAAAGGAUGAAGUUUCUUCAGGACCUUGUACCUGGUUGCAACAAGGUUAUUGGAAAGGCUGUUAUGUUGGAUGAAAUAAUUAACUAUGUUCAAUCUCUGCAGAGACAAGUUGAGUUUCUGUCAAUGAAGCUUGCGACGGUUAAUCCACGCGUGGACUUCAACGUUGAAGGGAUGCUUAUGAAAGAUAUUCUCCAUUCCCAAGCUGGUGGUUCAUCUGUUCAUGGGUAUUCGCCAGAACUGAGUAUGCCAUUUUCUUCUCUAGUUCUUCCAUCUCAACCAGGACUGAACCAGACAGUUCAUCCAGGCAUGACCAGUUCCUCGGAUAAUAUCCUCCAUAGACCAUCAUUUAAUCAUCAAUUGAUAGCCAUGGCUGAAGGAGGAGGAUACAAAGAGCCCGCUUCUCAGGUGCAGCAAAACAUGUGGCAAGAUGAUGAGCUCCAUAAUGUUGUAGUUCAUAUGGGCUUUAAUGCAACUGCUGAUCCACACAACCAGAAUGAAGAUGAUAAUGAUGAUUUAGAUAUUACAGGCUCAGGCUCAGGCUCGUUACCUCCAGGCCAUAUGAAACCUGAACUCUAAGUCGAUUUUCCUCAGCACAUUCAUGUAGUGUUGGUGUAGCAAAAACGGGGCUAGGGGAUUGUUGAUGCAUUAUAAGCAGUUUUAUUUGUUAACCAAUCGCAUUUGAAUCAUGUAAAUAAAUAGCGGUUUGGUGGAAUGAAAAUUAUAGUUGUUGGGUUGAAAGAAUGCUCUGAUAUCAAUCAUCCAGAUUAGAAGAUGCAAGGAGAGAAAGAUAGAGAGAACCUUUGAGGCUAUAAAUUGAAUUGGGUACAAGUUAUGUAACUUGGCUGCUAUAUGAAAACUGUUUUGUUGAGGGAAAUAUUAAUGUUCCUCCAUGGUUAAACAGUAUUUGCUAUAUAUUAUUAUAAUAAU